AUGGAGAAAAGAAUGAGGCUCAAGGUUCCAAGAAUAGUCCGGUCAUCUCUAAGCUCUUGCCGACCACGAGACCUACACGACGUCGUCGACACUUCUGCUGUUGCGAGCCUCACAACCUCUUCUGACAGAUUCUUCCUUACCGAACCCAAACCCAAAACACCACGCGUGGACCGUCACAAACCUAAGCCUAACACGUUCUCUGCGUUCCCACCAAACCCUUUCUACGAAGGAAGCCGUUCCUUUCGAGACUUAAGGAAAAACAUUAAGACAAAGAGGAAGCAAAGAUCAUCUCAGUUCGGUUCUGACUCUCUCCUCGCCUCUCGUUUCAAGUCAAGUGGGUCUUGGUGCUGGUCUUGUAGCGAAGACGAAGAAGAAGAGAGUGAUGAUAGAGAUACCCUCUUUUCUUCUAGAAGCUUCUCCUCUGAGUCUUCCAAGGGAGAGAGUUUUGCGGUGGUGAAGAAGUCGGAGGAUCCGUACGAGGAUUUUAGGACAUCGAUGGUGGAGAUGAUCGUUGAGAGACAGAUAUUUGCAGCGGCUGAGUUACAAAAGCUUCUUCAGUGUUUUCUUUCGUUAAACUCUCUUCAACAUCACAGUGUCAUAGUUCAAGUGUUUUUGGAAAUUUAUGCCACUUUGUUCUCUCCUUAAUCUAUGUUUUUUUUAUCCUUUUAACAUGUUUUACUAAAGUACUAUGUUCAACCUUAAUCUCGCUUUAGUGUUUAUUUCAGUUAAUCUUUUGUCGUAUCCUUAU